AUGCCGAAGUUCUUCUGCGACUACUGCGACGUCUACCUGACGCACGACUCGAUGAGCGUGCGGAAGGCCCACAACAGCGGUCGCAACCACCUCCGCAACGUCGUCGACUACUACCAGCAAAUCGGCCACGAGAAGGCCCAGUCCGUCAUCGACAGCAUCACCUCCUCGUACGCCGCCGAGGGCCAGGCCCACGCGAACCCCAUGCUGCCGCAGAACCAGCCCGGAAUGGGAGGUGGAAUGGGAGGCGGAAUGCCUGGUGGCUUCGGUCCUCCGCCCGGCAUGUCAUUUCCUUUCCCCGGCGGCAUGCCGCCUCCGCCCUUCCCUGGCAUGCCUGCGAUUGGAGGAGCUGGCGGGCCACCGCCGCUGCCAGGCGGUGUUGGAUUUUCGCAGGGUCUACCUCCGCCUCCAGGUCAAGGUGGUCGUGGAGGCAUGCCUCUCCCACCCUUCCCGCCCGGACCCGGUGGUCUACCCGCGAUGCCCCCAGGUGGUCUACCGUUCCCUCCGCCCGGCGGUUUACCGUUCCCACCUCCUGGCGCCGCUGGCGCUCCGCCUUUCCCUCCAUUCCCUGGUAUGCCAAUGCCUGGCGGACAGGGCUUCCCCGGAGGACCGACACCGCCUGGUAUGGGUGGUUUCCCGCCGCCUGGGCACGGUCCUCCUGGACGAUAG